UGGCCCUUUGGGGCAAGAAGAGCAAAAACCGCUAAAUUAAAACAGGAGGGCAGACCCACUCCCGUUACACCUACUGCUGGAGGGAACAUCCCGCCCACAGGAACCUCCGGCCCUGUGCCACCAAGCAACGAUGCCCUGCAAAACAACCCAAGCAGACGCAGCGCUCGCCGAAAGAGAAGACCCUCGCGCUCCAGUACUACAUCCUCGCGCGACCCAGAGAAACAUCUCUCCGACCUCCCUCCCGUCAAUCCCCCCUUCGCUUCCAGGCGAUAUCAACACUCCUCAGAGGACAUCACCGCACUGCCUGCCACCAAGCGUCUCUCCCAAAGUCCUCACCUUCGACCCGUCACCCAAGACCACAGCAUUCCAUACAGUUUCCACGCAGGCUCACAUCCCAGUCUCUCGGCGGCGCGUGAGCGGGGGAAAUUACAACGACCCCAGUCCCUACGCAAAUCCGUCAAUGAGUCGUCACUUGUUCGCCGCAAGUCUAGUAAGCGGAAGCAGCACGAUUCCCUGCGCGAGGAGGAGAUCCGGGCGAUGAGUAUGCCUCUACCACAGAAGCGCCCAGCAGGGAAUUCGGGAGGCAUGCUGCGCCGUGACAGCAAGAAAGUCAAAGCAGGACUCAACCGCCAUUUCGAUCGACCCACCUCCAACAUCUCCCUUCCACUCCAGGACUCUAUACACUCCUCCAUGUCUGGCAGCUCCGAGACCCGCGGCUGGCGCGUCAGCGCCCUCGAUGUAUUCUCCCCACGACCGACUGUCCGGUGUUCGACGGGCUCCCAAUACUACUACACAGGAGCAGGACCAUCCCCGAAGAGCGACACGAAGAGAGAGCAGAGAGCCUCGACCAGCCGGGAAGGCAAACACGAAAGCAGAAGCAAGACUAUCGAUGAUUUAGCAGACACCCUCGAUGCCGGUGCUCUGAGGGAAAUCCUCGAGAGGGACCAGCGGCGGAGAGAGAAAAAGAGGAGGGCGGACGACGAACGUCUGCGUAGAAGGCUCGAGCGGCGCGCAGAAAAACAGAAAGCCCAAGACAAGGUCAUGGAACCAAGCGGAACACCUGCGACGCCCGGAAACGCAGCACAAGGAGCUGUAGGAUUGGGAAUCGGCAAGGACGAAGCCACUCCCAUGGAGGACGUCCGAUCCGCAACACCGCCGCCAGAGCCGCAACCUCAUGCCAUAGAUACCUCGGCGACACCAAAGCUCGAGGAAAACAGCCAGCUCCCGACGCCGCUGGACAGCCCGACCGAAGAACCCGUUGUAGCCGAUGCGCAGGCCGUCAGAUAUUCGCGCGCAAGCAUGUCACCUACUCCAACCCCACACGGCCACACCCGUGGACCUUCCAACGUUUCGCAGAUGCCAGAGCUCCUCUCCGAGAUGACAGCACGUGAAACAGCCCUCCAAUCUGUGGAACCCACCCACGAGGACCCAAAUGCCAGUGGAUCGCUUCAUCCUGUGAUCUCCACAGACACUGCCGCAACGUCAAAGAAAGAGUCCUGGGCUCGCCGACGCAGCUCAGAGGGCAGACGCAUGGGCGUGUUUGCCUCGUUCUUCCGCCGUGGAAAGCGAAGUUCCCAAGACCAGGCUCGCGCCACGCCAUCGGAGGCAUCCUUUUCAAACACUUCGCGAGAAUCGAUGUCCCGCCAGCCACUACCCGCACAUCUUGUCGGCCCUACUCAGCCUAUCCAGAUCAAACGGCCGUCCAGCGUUCCGCGCCGCACUAUGUCCAAAUUCCGGGAGGACCUACCGGAGUUUCCGAUAUCUCCCCCAGACUCCCGAGUUCAGUCACCGGAGGUCACGGGAAGUGCCAUCGCCACCCGACGUGGAAACAACCCUCCACAAGAUAUUCGAGUCAAUGCCAGCAGCCCAGUUGGUGGCCGAACCGACUCCCCAGUGAGCCCUGGUGUGCCAGUUGCCGGCGCCAUGUCGCAGAGCUUAGCUUCUGUAGACUCGGAGGGGUCUUGGCUAUCUGGCAAACCGAUGAAGCGAAGAUCGAACAACACGCAUCUCCGGUCAAGCGUGGGUUCAUCGGGAAUCUUGAAGCCCAAUGAAGAGUUCAACGCCUCUUACGAAGAACUUGGCAUUCCGGAUGAUGAGUAUUUCAGACGAUUAACUCCCCAACCCGAUGAGAAGCGCCGCUCUGCACACUCGGCCGACCUGCUUGCCCGAAAGGCUAGCAGCACGGCAAUGGCAGCUCUGGACAUUGCAGAAUCCGAAGAUGAAGAAGACACCACCAGGCCCGCUAAUGGAGGGGAAGAACUUGUUCAUGUUGGUGUCGGUCGCCAGCCUACUAUUGUGCACCGCAAUGCCCGUGUCAAGUCCACAGAGGCGCUGGUCAGCUUCUUCCAGACGGACAAGACAUCCCCCGAGGAAAGGCCAUCGGCUGAGGAUGCCAGGGAACAGGAAUCGCCGAUAUCAGAAACAGAAACACCCAUGGUCCAGCGCGCACGUAGCGUGGAUCUGGGUAACUACCAUACGAGACAACUCAGCGCUGGCUCGGCGAAAUUGCUAGACAUC